AUGAAAUACGAGAAUCGGACAAAACAUCCACUUCCCGCUAAAAUCUUACUCUCGCUGGUCCCUUGUAUCAUCAACCAUUGGCUUAACACAAAACUAAGAAAUAAGAAGCGCGCAUAUCCCAUCACUCCCAAGAAGAGGGCUGGGGUGAAAAAUAGGUUCCAAAACAUAAUAAAGGUAUAUAAAAAUCCAGGUAAAUUACUUUUAAUACAAUCAUUCAUUAUUAAAAUUUUUCAACCCAUUUUCAUUACUUUCGGCUCGUCUUAACUUGUUUUCUUCUGAAUCUAUUGCAUUAUAGAUUUUUUAAAUAACAUUUUUAACAAUGAUUACACCUACUAGUCUCCGUUUCCCGUGUCGUAACGCAAGGGAGUUUAGCCUUGCGUGAUGACACAGGAAAGCACAGGGUCCAGAGGAGAUGUAUUUGUUAUUAGAACAGCAAAACCCGUCGAAAACCCCUGAAAAAAUGGGUUAUUUAUGAUCAUUCUAAAGACCGACGGCCUUCGGUCAUCCUUCGGGCGAGGUGCCGUGUGCCAGCGAGGAUAUGGCUUGCGGUUAUUGAUUUUCAAAAGUCGAUCUGGGUCAGAUAAGAAGCGAAGAAAUCGAUUACAGUAGAUUUAUAAAGAUCCUAUUGGGCUAAUUAAUUGUGCUAAGCGAUAGGUAUAGACAUUUUUCAAGGUGAGACUUUAAAUAAGUAAUUCAUUUGUUCACACGAAACUCCUCUGGACCCUGUGAAAUGUCAGUAUCGAUUUGAAAUAAAAGGAUUGAUCUUUGAUUGCAAGUUAAGUAUUCUAUUUUAUGCAUGAAUAAUGUUGUUUUGUUGUGCUUUUUAUUUAUAAAUCCAGGCUUCUGUCUUCAGUUUUGCCAGUCGAUCCCGUGACACACAUUAUGACAAAACAUGACUUUUUUUGUUAUAAUCUGCAUUUAUUGCCAGGCAUGAAACCUGUAACUUUAAGCUCCCUAAGAUAUAUUUGGCGAUUAUAUGUGAUUCUCAGGAUAUGAUGCUGACGAGAACAUCAAAAUCAGUCUCGCUGGGCAUGCCAAUUUCUUGCCUGGCAUGCCGGGCAUGCCAAACCAAGUGGCUUCACCAUUGGCAUGCCCGGCAUGCCAAACCAGAGGAGCAAAAACUGGGAAUGAAUUAUCAACCCGGUGAGAGAUCUGGGACCUAAGGUUGGCUGGGUCAAUUUUGGGCUGCGAGGGCAUGAACCCAUUUUUUCCAUGCCUAUGAGAUGUUAUUUCUAAGUACCAAUGUUCCCUUGAAUUUUGUCAUGCCUAAAUAUAUAAAAUUUUCCCUCUCUCAUUAAUCCUCAGACUGGAUGCGAUUGUUACGCUCGCUAGGCAUGUUCAACUGAAAAUUAUGCCCAUACCCUUAUUCAAAACAAAAUGCUAUCAAAUUUUAGUUUCCAAGCCGUUCUUUUUUCAACACACGUGGAUGGGGACCGUCUGGGCCAACGGUGUCGAUUGGCGCCAUGAGUGGAUGACAACGCGCUGUCUGGACAUCUGUUGAUUAAUGCUGCCUCUGCAAUGUGUGAAAGCUUCAUUGGACCAGUUUGGGAGAAAAACUCUUGAAUUGUUUAUUUGACAAUUCUACUUUGCAGAUGGGUCAGUGAACACUAAGUCUCCUGAUUUCAGAGAAGUAAUGGCAGUUUUGUCAGUAGGUGCGUGUGGACCAGAAGCAUUUAUUGCAACUCGAGCCUAUGCUGCUGCAGCAGAUGACCAUCAUCAUCUGAUUCCUCAAACAUGUUGUUCACGUAAUCACGUAAUUUUUUGGACUUCUUUCUUCAUGGACUUGUGAUGUUUAAUAUCUUACUGAAGGGUAGUGCGUUUUAGUAGUUCUAUCCGCUACCUUGUAGAAGUAGUACCUAACUGAAGCGCUGCUGUGCGUGUCGAUCUCUUGGCUUCUGCGGUAUUUGAUUCAUAAUGCUGUGGGUUUAUCCGGUUGAAGAACCUUCGCUCACAGCAAACCAUUUUUUUGAAUUCACUUUUAAAGAUAGGAUUCAUUCCUGCGUAUAUAAAAGGAUUUAUUGUAUUUGACAGAUAAAUAAAGAAACUAGUAAGGAGGUCAAUAUUUCGUGGCAUCUUCUCGACGACAUGGAAGCGCCCUACAACAACGAUCACCCAAAAUGGAAUCCAGCAUAUCAUGAACGCGAACACAACCACAAAGAGAGACUUACUCAGCUUCAGUUCUUGCACGGUGAUGUUUGAGCCUGUUGCGGCCCUGUGAAUCGUAGAUGACAUAACGUCAUUGUGCUGUCGGAUCAUCUUUGCAACCUUUAUGUAGCUGAAUAUUGUUGUUAUUAACGAUGUUAAGAGGAACAAACUGAGGACAAUGGUAUAGUGAAUGAUUUUUCCACUUUCACUGAGAUGAGCUACAGCGCAAGUGGCAUAUCCUGGAACGAACUCAUAAUCUUGGAGACCAGCUAACUUAGGAACUACACUGUAGCAAGCAAUGAAGAACCAUGCACAUGCCAUCCAGGUUCGUGACUUCCUCGGUGAAAAAAAUUUCUUGUAUUGCUGCUCAGACUUACAAAUCCUCAUAUACCUGUCAAACGCUGUUAAACCCAUAGUGACGGGUGAUACGUACACCACAAAUCCAUCAAAAAAGGAAUGAAAGUAGCAGAUCACUGGGCCAUAAACCCAUUCGCCUGUUAUAAGCACACCCAAUGUAAGAGGCAUGACAAAUAUAGCGGACAUCAAAUCACUUACAGCAAGUGCGAUGAUAAAAAGGCUUGUUUUUCUGCGUAGUCGUGUGUUCUUGUAAACUGCAAUGCACACCAUUAUGUUCCCGGUUAACGAUAGAACGUUUGAGAUCACAAGAAAGAAGACUUCCACGCUUGUUAAAAAGAAACUGCGAUUGCCUAGAGCAUCCGCCAUUGUGGCUGUUCUCACAGAGACUUUCUAAGAAAAGAAGAAAACCGUAGAAAGCAACACAGAGUCGGUUGUGGCUUUAAGAUCACGAGCGGUUAAAUUGUCUAUCUGCCAGUUUAUUAGUUACCCUUUGUCUACGACACUUAAACUAAACAAUUUGAAUAAAUUCAUUAUUGCAGGUUGUAUCCUCUUCUCAGGUUUUGUUAGCUCUUCCACCUGUUAAUUUUUUUAGAGCUGAGGCAAUGUCACUUGAUAGAAGACAAGUUUACGGACGACGGUUUCAGUUUGGCUUUAAUUUGCCAUUUCAUAAUUUUUUCCGUUUGAAGUAUUACAAGUGGUAACCGUACUGUUAAAAGGGGUGUGUAUGAUGAUAAUGAUAAUAACAAUAUGAUAAUGUUAAUCAUAAUAUAAUAACGUGGCCCAAAUUUCUUUAACCUACUUUCUUUUCUGCUAACACUGAGUUCGACAAGUAAGUUAAAACAGGUGAAACUAUAGUUCUGUUUUAUUUUGGUAAGUUAAAUGUGACACUUUUCCAUAAGAACUGUACAAACGUAAUAUCGAUCACAGCACUUUGAAUUGUUAAAUUUGACACUGAAAGUCGGGGAUACGUAAGGAAAGAGAAACAAAAUAUAACCCACCAUGACUUGCGUUUUGAAAAAAGAAGUGUCACUAGGGAAUUCGGGCAUUACCUCUACCUAAGGGAAGCUCUCCAUUUGGCCCUGGUUGUUCAAUGUUGGAUAAUAGCGCUAUCCACUGAAUAGAUAUUUAUCCAGUGGAUAGAGUUAUCCACCUUUUGAACAACUAGGCCCUGGGGGAGGCCCUAGGGGGCUAUCGUGAGAAGUCACGCGCAACAUACAUACAUAGAUAGUCUUUUAAACCUCGGACGUACAACAACCCACCCAUCCCCCCACCCCACGAGGUUUUUAUGAAUUUUUUCUCGCAGACGAUCAAACAUCAGUACCUGACGUUAUUAGCAGCUGUUUUUUCAACCCUCACACCCAUUUUGAGACACGUUUAGUAAUAAUCAGUUACUAUGGUUACUAGAUAUGACGUCAUAAGUAGAAGGUGAUCAAGCCAUUUCGGAGUGAAAAUGCAUGUUUUUCAACUUGUUUCAACGAUAAAAGUAAAGCUUUUGGAUAAAGUAAAGCAAAACACUUAUGAAUGUGUUAUUUUACUUAUCAACCACAAGAGUGAAUGGGGUUAGCCGACUAGCGCCGACAAAGGGCAAAAAAAUAUUACCGACUACCGACAAAACGCGAAAAAAAUUAUCGACUAACGACAGGAAAAUUAUUAACCGACUACCGACAUGGACCGACAUUAUCUAUAUUUUUUUCAGAAAGAAGAGUAUAUUGUAUUUUUUCCAACUUUUCUAGGAAGUAACCAAAGAUACCACGUCACAAGUCUUUUUACAAGUCAGUACCACAAAACGAGGAUAUUGAAACGGUUUAUAGAGCGUAUGCCAAAAAUUUCUGCAACCCACCUAGUUAUAAACAUUGUAUGCGACAAAUGCUUAGAUUAAUCCUAAAAAAAAUUUUUUCCAGUUCAAUGGAAAGCUCUACCUCCAAACCCACUGUACCGCGAUGGGCACAAAGACAGCAGUUUCCUCUGCCAAAAUUUUCAUGUCAUAUAUUGAAACAAAAAGUCUAAGCAGCUAAACCGUCUUUAAACCAGACAUCGUAACUUUCUUCGAAGAAGCAAACUUACAUGAUCCUACUGUUAAAUUCACCACCGAAAUUCACUAAGACAAUGCUUUAAGACACAGUUGUUUACAAAGGCACAAGAUUAAACGAAAAAGUUAUCCUUGAUGUAAAGACUACGGAAACCUUCCAUUUGUCAAAAGAGUUUGAGGAAAGUGUUAAAAAUUCAAAUGAACGCUUGAUGGUUGAUGAUGGACAGAGGGUACCAACACAAUUUGAAAGACAAAUUGCAAUCAGAAAUAAAUGAAACUCACAGAAACCGAAGUUCGCCCUCCUGAAACAAAACCGAGCAGGGAAGGAAAAGAAAAGUUGACUUUCGUGACACAAUAGGGAACUUAAGAACCACGACGAAGUUCACGACAACGACGUCUGUUGACUGGGAAAAGACUGGAACGAGAACGUCAGUUUCGGUAGGAAAAAGGAAACUUAAGAUGCAAUCGGUCGGUAGGUCGACGACGACGACACUGAAUGUAAACACAAAUGUAAAACUGUGAUGUUCGUUCGCAACAAAGUUUUUCGCAAUGGCGUCUUUUAAAACAAUGCAAGAUCUAAUUUUUAAGCCGUACGUCUAAUGUCAUUGACGAUGGAGAAUUUUUUGUGUUGUCUGACCUUUUCGAGUGGAAAAACACCUGCUUUCCGCACAAAGAAUAUUCAACUUUCAACCUGAAUGAGAUGACCGAGUCCGAGUGUCUAUCAGAGUUUAGAUUUGGAAAAAGAGACAUUCUGAUGCUAUAGCUGUUUUCCAUAUAACAUGAGGAUCCGCAAGAGACUUUUUUUUGCGAUCAGAAUGAUUUCUUAGUUGCUACGGACGCUUUGUUUUCAAAAGGUGACAUGAGAAUUUCCUGCUGUGGGAAUUCAAUUAGUACAUUAAUUUCUGGCCAAAAAACGUAAUCCGAUAAGGUGUCAACCCGGUCAUAUGCCACCACAGUAGUAAUCCUUUUGAAAGCUCAGAACGUGUUCAAGAUAGUAAAAACCAGAUGAAAAUACAACGCUAUCCAUUAUAAAAAUUUAAAUAAAGCAAAAUUAAAACGAUUUUGCUUAUAGUAAAGUGUAUGCCUUGCAAAACCUUCAAGUUGCGUUCUAGAUAAUUUUUUGCCAGAUUUCAGCACGAGGAAUCCACCCGCCAGGACGCGCGGACAGCAAUGAUCAAGAAAUAAAGCGGAAGAACGAAUUGUCUUUUCAAAAAUAUAUUUUCCCUUUCAAACUGAAAUGCUUCAAGGCUAAACGAGAUUUUGCCUAUUGCGACUGGCCGGUGCUAUCCCACGAUAGCCGAUCUGUAGCGAAGACACGGAGUCCAGUGUAAAUAUUGAGCCGCUUUUUAGGCAUGCGGUUGCCUGCAGUUUUUAUUUAUGCGUCGUAAUGUCAAAACAAAGAAACAAAUCAGCAAGUCGAAAAAAGGAUUGUGCAAGUAAAAGUAUAACCCAUCCUACAAUGGAAUUAAUUGGAUUUUACUUUAUAUGGUAUGCUUUUGGUAUCUCGCGCUAGAUCUGCCAGGAUACUUUGUCAGAAGAUUCCUGAGAGUGAGAGCCACGAGUGAUGGCGGUGUACAUGUUGGACGAUCCUCGUCUAUUCUAUUGCGCCGGGUUUUGUUCUCCUUCGCUGGAUACCGAAAAGACUUGGUAUCAUUGCUUUGAAUUCCAGCCUAUGUAAUGGAAAGCUAUGCAUGUUUGGCUCCUCCGAUUCAGUCAAGAGUUUUAGCGAGGAAUUUAAGCAAUCUGACAAGAUGGCGUUCUUGCUUGUAUGAGUUGGUUCUCCGUGCCGUCGAUGGAGGGGGCUUUUUGGUCCGCUGUCGCUCGAUAUCAUUCGCCACAAGUCCUUUAGCUAAAUCCUGUUUCUAGAAGCGGAUUUCAAGAGGUGGACGACUGGAUCAGUUCAUUUUGAUUCAAGGGUUCUGUCCAUUGGCGCCAAAAUCGAAUAGUCCGCCAAUUCCCCAAAAUAGCCCGCCAAUCCAAAAUCUCUGUACACAUCCUUCACUCAGGAAACAACCAAGUAGCAAUGGGUAUGACUCGCCUUUAUUAAAUAACAAAGUCAGUAUACCGACUUGCAUAGCAAAUUGUGAGAAAUGAGGUCAGUUAACCAGUUUAUUGUUUGUUGAAAUAUCAUUUUCUUGUAAUUAUUGUGGGACAUAAUUUUUGAAGCCCAUUGUUUCUCCCUUAUUAAAUUCAAUUUUUUCUCCUUUCACUUUAAUUCCUGUCACUUUUCAAUGGCUAAUAAUGUUUUUUUUUUUCUUCAUAAAGGCUGAUCUCAGAAACUGUUUUGCAAAUGUGAUUAGGCAUACAGAGGUCUUAAAGAAAAUUUAAAUUUUUUUGACAGAAAACACUACAAUUAUGUUUGUUUAAGGGGUGACAUUUAACUUUAAGAAGAAAUUCUUCUGUUUCAUCUAUCUUUGUGUAUUCAAGAGUGGGUGUUUAAUAAUGCCAUGAUGUUCUGCGACUCCUAAGUGCAAAUUGUGAAAUGCAACAGAACACUAGGUGUGUCGCCCAUGUUUCUGUGAGGUAGAAAUUCAUGGCAUUAUUAAUCCACCUGCAAACUUAUCUAAUAGUCAUCUUGAGUGAGUAGGUUUUUGAUAAUGCCAUGAUGAUCUGCGACUCCUAAGUGCAAAUUGUGAAAUGCAACAGAACACUAGGUGUGUCGCCCGUGUUUCUGUGAGUUAGAAAUUCAUGGCAUUAUUAAUUCACCUGCAAACUUAUCUAAUAGUCAUCUUAAGUAAGUAGGUUUUUGAUGAUGCCAUGAUGUUCUGCGACUCCUAAGUGCAAAUUGUGAAAUGCAACAGAACACUAGGUGUGUCGUCCGUGUUUCUGUGAGUUAGAAAUUCAUGGCAUUAUUAAUCCACCUGCAUACUUAUCUAAUAGUCAUCUUCAGUGAGUAGGUUUUUAAUAAUGCCAUGAUGUUCUUCGACUCCUAAGUGCAAAUUGUGAAAUGCAACAGAACACUAGGUGUGUCGCCCGUGUUUCUGUGAGUUUGAAAUUCAUGGCAUUAUUAAUUCACCUGCAAACUUAUCUAAUAGUCAUCUUGAGUGAGUAGGUUUUUGAUAAUGCCAUGAUGAUCUGCGACUCCUAAGUGCAAAUUGUGAAAUACAACAGAACACUAGGUGUGUCUCCCGUGUUUCUGUGAGUUAGAAAUUCAUCACAUUUUUAAUUCACCUAUAAACUUAUCUAAUGGUCAUCUUAAGUGAGUAGGUUUUGGGAAUGGGUUUUUGACAUUAUACUUCUCACACUGACAAUCGGUCAUUUAGAAAAUAUUGUUGUUUGCAGUUACACUGGAUCAUAAAGGGUUGUUAUUGAUAAUGGCAUGAACUCUAUGCUAUUCUGUUUGUCCUUUCUGUUGAGUUUUGUAUCUUUUUCUGUGCAUUUAGGAUAUGGCUGGAUUCUAUUGCGUUUUGCCUUAAACUGCAGGGGAAUGAACAAGUAAUAGUUUUCCUUAGUAUUGAAACAUGUAUUUAUUAACCUAGUAUUAUCAUUUUAACAACUACCAACCUUUAGAUGUUCCAGAAGGCUUUGUUCAAGCAAUAGCCCUUGAAGAGCAAAAAUCAACCGGAGGCUAAAAGCUUUUCGCUCAUAUGAAAACUCAUAUCAUAAAGAUUUAAAAAUGUAGAAACUUUUGAAAUCUAAUAUUAAGCAAUCCUUUUUCUUAACUUUGACCAUUUUUAAGCUUGUGACUGCAAUCUUGGCAGGCAUAAUACUUUAAUACCUACAGAAAAAAAUGGCGCUCCAGUUCAAAGACUCACUUGUUCCAAGAAAAACUUAAUGGACUGCAUCAGCGUCUAAGAAAUGAUCUUGAGAAAAAACAAAAGAAACUAAAAUCUUUAUUUUUAGAACUAAUGAUAAUUACCCAAUAUACAUGGACCAUCUUCUUGACCUCGAAAUGUAUGUCGCGGAAAAAAUAAGAUUCGCUCAGUAAAAGUUUAGAACGCUCCACGCGCGGCAUAGUGACCAACGCGCGACAAAGAAAACCCCUGUUGUUCAAGCAAACUCUAAGGACCUCUAAGGUCACGUCUCACAUUAUUACUAGUUUAUAAGUCGUGUUUAUUUCAAACAAUUAAGAGAGUUUUUCUAGACUGUUUGCAGGCCGCCUUUUUUUGCAUAGACCAUUUUCAUGACCGCUAAAUGUAAGUCUCAGUGCGGCGGUAAAAAUACAAUUUUAGAACGCUCCAUGUGCGGCAUGGUGACCAACGCGCGACGAGGGAAAGAAGGAAAACCCCUGUUGUUCAAGCAAACUCUAAGGUCACGUCUCACAACAUUACGAGUUUUUAUGUCGUGUUUAUUUCAAACAUUUAAGAAAGUCUUUCUGGACUGUUUGCAGCCCGCCUUUUCUCUUAAAAUCUGUUUAGUUCUUAUUCCAGCUAGCGAGAUUGUAAACAACAACUUUAGAAUAGAGAAUUUACCCUGGGUGCCAGAGACUUUCCAUGCCCGCGCUUUCCGUUUUCGGCCAAAGCUUUUCAGUGAAAUCAGUGAAGGUCGAGACGCCCGCAUUUAGCAGUUCGCGGCUCUGUGAAGGGAAAUAAUAGACUGCUCGCAGUUUAUAGUCGUUCAAGCAACGAGGCCUUCCGUUGGCAAAAUAAAUAUUGUACUAAAACAUUUUGCGUUAACCUUCGCAAACUGACUAAAGAAUUCUAUGUAAGAUUUGGUUUCGGAAUAAUUGUUACGGCGUGCAUUUAGUUUUCCUCGCUUUUAGCCAAAUAUUUCACUCACAAGAAAGAUAGUUUUUAACUCGGCAUUUGCAGCUCACACGCAAAAUUGUUCACGCGUUUUACUCGCCGUUUGUCGCGGCUUGCUUUGAAAGGUCCCACGAGUUUUUUUCUGUGUUUACAUUGAGUGCAAUGAAUCAAAUUUCUAAUUAAUUGGGUUAAGCUGUCAAACGAUGACUUGUAAAUAAAAUGAAACAUUCAGUCGUGAUGAUUUAGAGAGGAUCGUAUUCUAUGAGUUGUCAACACGUCUUUUGUUUUACAUUGCGCAAUCGGUCAUUUCAGAUGACCGACUUCGCAGAUCUCUAAGUCUUGCGGGUCCUCAUGUUUAUUUCCUGUAUAUUAAAGAUAUAUGAUUUGCCUUACCUAAAUACGUACAAAUAAAUUUCUCACUUACGAGUUCGCUCGCUCGGCCUCCACAGCUGUUGUCAUUCUUCGAAGUAGAAACAAUUCAUUAUAGGCUUGGCGCACGCUACUGGUGUACACGAGCGUAACACCGUGCCUUACGCACGAUUCGCGCUCAAGAAAAGGCACGGUUUUUGUGCCAAAGCACGGGGAAAAAAACAUGCAAAGGCACAGAUUAGGCACACUUUAGGCACAGUUACGGCACGUUUUAAAUAUUGCUAAGGCACACUUUUGGCACCGUUUGGGCACAGUUUUGGCACGGUUUAGGGACGGUUUGGGCACAAAUAUUCAACGCUGGGCACUUUUUUGAAAAUCUUUGUAACCCGACUUGCAAAAAAGAACAAACUUGGUACGAAUUACAAAAAUAAUUCAGAUCAAACACGAUACAGUUAGAAGUAUAGGAAGUGUAAGUUUUGAGCCGCGCCGAAAGUCUGGAAAAUUAAAGUAUUCUUCGACAGUCCGUGUUUACUCCGAGGAUAAAGUGGAAAUUCACACGCGGUAUAUGCCCGUCUGAACCUUUUCGAUUGCCAUGCAAUUUUAUAGACUCGCUUUCUUUCGUUUCUAAAAGAAAUCGUGAAAGAAAGUCGAAGCCAUAAUAACAAAAACAAAGCUAAAGAAGUGAGGCACAAAAAUAGCCAAUAAAAGUCGUAGAAAAUACUUUUUGCGAUCGCGGUAAAAUUGGCCUGAAUUUGCAUAACAACAUGAAAAGUACAGAGUGGUAAUUUGAAACCUUCAUGCCAACGCGUGUUAUUUUUAAAUACAAAAUGCGGCUGGUUUUUAAAAAUAUUUCUCUAACUAAAAAAGUAGGAUUUACACUGUAGUAAGAUAAUUCAAGCUGCUUGUUUGUUUUUGUUUUCUGGCUCUGUUAGCAAAUUAAGCUUUGAUCGUAUAAUAAUCGAUGAGACGUGCAUUUAUUUCAUCAAAACUCAUCGGCGUGCAAUCAAUUUUUUCGUUUUCAUUUUGUAAGUCAUAUCACAAGUAAAUUCUUUUUUUGAAUGCAAAUCUGCCCUCCUGAAAAAAACAAAUAUUUUGUUCCAACUAAACGCUCCAUUAAGAAGGGGAGAAGAAACCUACUAGGAAAUUUUUUAACAUCGAUGAAAUUAGCAUAAUAUCAACAAUGUAAUAGCGCUUUAUACUAUUACUAAAAAUAGGUUUUGUCACCUUGGACGCCCCGCGUGACUAGGACAAACUUUGCAUUCUACUCCAAGGCUUUGUAUGGGAAACAUACGUUUCCGACAUGAAAACUGUUCAUAAAAUUCGCAGUUAGCGUUUUUAAAAUGUUUUUUUGAGCAUAAUUCCAAUAUAUAAAAGGCCCUACUGCUAUUGGGAGCAAAACCUGAUCCAGUAACUCAAAUAAAUGGUUAAAAUCAGAAAAUAAAGCGACUCGAUCAAAGAAGGCUACUGAAAUCGGAUCCCUAGCUCUGUGUCUUAGGCAGAAAGCACCGCUAUGCACUGAAACAUGACAUAACAUUAUUGGCUGUGUAAUACUCCAAAACCGAAAUUGCUAAAGAGAAAAUCGAGUUGGGAUGUGCUUCUCGCAGGCCUGUGACAGAAUAUCUACGGUGAAAAGCACACCAACAUUAGCACAAACCGGAAAUUGUAUAAGUUUGUUUUGUUGUUGUGCGGCCAGGUAGACCAUAUGAAUCCGCGACGAAUACUUUAGUACUUUAUAUUUCGUAGUACUAUAGCGUAACAUAAGCACUCGAAAAAAAAUUGAGCAACCUUUGCCUAUAAAUUUAACCAAAUGCAGCGUUUCACGCAUAGCUAUGAAGCCCUGUUCUCCACACAUUUUAACAUAAUUUUACCCACAGCAAAUAUGACGCCGCAUAAGAAAUAAAACCCCUCAUCUGUACAGACGACGAAAAUUUGUUACCGAACGUGACUUUCCCAUACUAAACUCUUACACUGGUCAGGUUUAAUGUCUGAGUCACAGCAGGGACCAGAAAUUUGUGACGUCAUUAGUAGAAAGCGCUAUUGCAUGCUGAGCACUUACUUUAAAUACGCUAACCUGUUUAAGAUUCCAUUUUCCUGUUUGUCGGGGCUUUCCCUGCUGUCUCUAACCGUAUUCUGAGUCAUGUUAUUUCUUAUUAGGGGAUAAAAAGGUCGUCAGACCGUGUUUCUAGACUUCGUAAACCUCAAAACUGACAUAAUUGCCGUGCGCCCUUUUCGUUCGCUGUGGAGCUCGAUAGGCUGGACACGAUUUUCCGAGUGACUCAAUAUUUUGGCACAACUUGUGCACAGAUUAGGCACAGUUUAGGCACAACUUAGGCACGGCUUAGGCACGUUUUUCAAAACUAAAAUGCACACUUUAUGCACAUCUUAGGCACAUUCUAGGCACAAAAUCUUUAUGCCAAAGCACACUCUAGAAUCCGAUUUUCGGUCCAACGCACGGUUUACGAAUUUUCACGUUAAAAAAAUGCUGUCUAACCUUACAUAUUUGAUCUUAGCGUAAAAAUGGGUUUCCCGAAUUCUUAACAGUUAGUCUAUAAGGAAAAUUUAAGUUAUGAGCAUUCCAAAAAUUAUUAUUUCUUCUCUUAACAACAACAGAAAGUCAAUGAAAAGCAAUCUUUUAAAUUGACGUUCGCGCUGCACAGAGAUCGUAUGUAGACAGAACAUCUUUCUGAAAACGCCCUAAACUUUGUAUUUUUGCCAUUAUGUUCAGUAAUUUUUAAUACAGUUAGUACUCAUAAGUCACUGACCUCUUCGGAGAAAUUUUUCCAAAGUACCAUUAACAGAAACAGAGAAAUCCCACAAUAUGCGUGGUUAGACUGUAAAUGUUACGCGAGCUGUUAAAAAAUGGUCCCAUUUUGAGCCAUAUUUUUCAUGUUUCAAUUUUAUUUUGGUCUUACAGCCAGGAAAAAAAUAUUCAACGAAAAGCUGUUUAUAAACUUUAACUUCUUGCCAAAUAUCGAUGCGAUCUGAGUUUUAAUAAGUUCAUAAGAGCCAAACCAUGUGAGAUUCUUAGCCGUGUACACCAGUAGCGUGCGCCAGGCCUAAUAGUAUACUUUUAGUUCUCAUAGCCAACAACAUCACGUCUUAACUGACAGACGACCAAUAACAUCGCGACGUAAUUGACCAAUCAGAUCAAUAACCAGAGUAUAAUAAGAUCAACUAACGUAAUACAACUCACUUUGACUCUGAAGAUGACUACCGCACAGGUUGUCGGAACGUCAGUCACUGUCAACAACAACAGUCCUAUUCAGGACUACUUUCCACCCGGACGAUCAAACUCAACCUACUUUUGAAAUGACUCCUGGGUUCAAACCUUUCACAGUACACUUUUAGUCGAAUUUUCAAUCAACAUCGCUUGUUACCAGAAAAAGGAACGAUACCUGGAUUUACGAGGAUAAGAAAAAGCAAAGGACUUAAAAAAUCGCUUAAAACAGUGGAUUUAUGCACCUAUCAAUGUAAAAGCCGGCGCGGCAGGGGCGGGCGGGGGGAGGGGGGGAGGCAGGGUUUGGGGUGGGGAUUUGAUUGUCUUUGUUGGCCCUGGGGUAGGGUAUUUGACUGAUCUUGUUCUCCCAGGGAGGGGAUAUUUGAAUCUUUCUUCGCCCGACGUGGAGAUAUUUGACUGCCGACUCGGACGAAAAAAAGACUGAGACGGAACAUCUGUUUCCUGUUUCCCACUUCCACGCUUCACGCAUGCGCCGUACGGUUUGAAAAGAUCAGGAAGUCGUGGAGGCCAAUGAGAACAAGCGAAGGCUGAGUGAAUUUCACUGUUUUGUCUUCAAAUUUCGUUUGUUUUAGCGUGUUUUUGAUCAAUUGAACCUCUUAAAAUACUGUGGUAUCAAAGUAAACGAAAGUAAAGAGAAACCAAGUCGAUUUUGCAAGUACAAUUGAUUAGUGUAUGGCUCAUUCGCUACAAUCAGUGUAAACUUACGAAACUGACUUUUCAGGGGCACCCAAACUUAAACAUAGAAUUGUUAAACGUAUUUUAGUAUUUAAACGGUAGAUAUAGGCAUAUUUUUAUCCCCUAAAAAUUUUUCAUCUGUUCGGAUUUCCUACCUGAAAGUCAAGUGAUCCGAAAAUUAUAGGGAUCAAAACUUACCUUUUCGAAAGUUUUAGCCAGAAAAAAGGCUCCCGAAAAUUCUAGGUGACCUUUUUAGGGUAAAAAUCCGUUAAAAAUAGGCAAUUAUACCAUUUUUUAGAUGUCCGAAAAUCCUAGGAGAGGCAGGCAAGCAAGAAAUUUUACAACAGAUGUUCCGACAAUUCUAGAUCUCAAAUCGUCUUCCGAACAGAUAUUUUUCCCGAAAAUUGUCAUUGACUUUUUUUGUACCCUUUACUGAGAACGGUAUAUUUAAACUUACAAAAUGUGGACUUUCUCCUAAAGGUUUAUGUAUUCUACACAGUGUAACACUGAUUAUGGUUAAAACGUAUGAUUGCAGCUGUAACAGGAACAUGUAUCUUUGGUGAUGCAGCAACGUUAAAAGAUUGCAGAGUUUUAUUUGGAGAUAUUUUUAUUCUGCCUUUCUUGGGUUCUGCCUUGGGAUUGACAGCAAUGUGCAGCCUAGGGUGGGGGAAUUUGGUUGCAUUUGACUGGAAUGAUUUGCCCGUGGGCAGGGAAUUUGUUUGCAAAUUUUUGAAAAAAGUUAAAUCUCCACCCUACGCUCUGCCUCCCUUCCCGCCGGAAUUACAUUAAUAGGUGCAUUAUACCUGCUGAAGCUUGUGGAUUGCAGGACGACGUGAUUGUACUUUCACGGUUUGGCGUCGUCGACGACACCACGACGACGAAAUUUACUGGUCGCGCUUGCGCAGUACACUGUAACUCACUUCUGGUCGUCGUCGACACAGUCGUUGUCGUGGUUCUUCAGUUCCCUAAUACCAGCCCUUAGUGUCUACUGUAAAAGAAGCUUUCAUGGAAAAGUGGAAUCUCAUACAAAAACAACCGCUACUUUGCUAAUUUUUUUAAAGAACCCCCCCCUUUUUCCUAAAAGAAAGGAAAACCAUGGCAAAGAACACGCUUGUUAGAGCCAAAAUAUUUAAGGUCAACACACGGUUUCACGUCGGUAUAGAUGUGCAACCUGUCAAACCUUGCAGUUUUUCACCAAAAAUAAUUUACGUAUCCAAAAGGUUAGACUGGGCGUUUCCCUCUGUGUCCAAUUAACCGCUCUUCAUUAGUUUUUAUGGUGCCCUGUAAUCAACAGGGAAACCAACUUCGCAUUUGCAAUAAAGCUUUUGGUGAAAUACACCAUCAUGUUGCAUAAUGAUGUAUAAGUUCAAUCAAAUGAUGCAUUUUUACAAGUUUUACAUGUUUUAUAGGGAUCAAAGUCUUGAAACUGAGUGAAACACAUAACAAAUAUUAAUAAUUAACGUGGAUUUUUACUUAUUAACUGAGAUUAACCGACAACCGACAAAGAUCGAAAAUUUUAACAGACCACCGACAAAGUAACUAAAUUUUAACCGACAACCGACAAGUGGACCCCCCCAUUCAGACCCUCUUAUAAGUGGUAACCGUACUGUUAAAAGGGGUGUGUAUGAAGAUAGUGACAAUAAUAAUAUGAUCAAAUCACUCUUUGUGUGUACUUAGACCAAUAUUAUUUAAGACUAAAUAAAUAUCAUAUCAUAUAUGUGUAUUAAAAAGUCUCUCUCCAUUACCCAGCUAUUUUAAGGGCGCGGCAAGGUAAUUCGAGCUUGAGAAGUAACCUGCGUGGGAGGCGCAAAGGGGAGAGAGAGAGGGGGGAGAAAGGGGCGAAAUUCAAUCUCCCAAAUCUCCUCCCUUUCUCCCUUAAUCCCUAGCUAUCCCCUACCCUUUCGACGCCAGCUACGCAGGAUACUUGAGAAGUUGAAGUCGAAAGCAAGCACACAGGCAAAGGAGGCUUUCAAUUUAUACACAUAGAUUUGACGCUUAGAAUUUGCGUAGCUGUGCCCACAGUAUAAUGUUAAAUUCAGUUAAUUUGCCGAAAUACUCUUUAGUUCCCGCAAAAGAAAGCUCAGAUGUUAAUUAUCAAUUCUUACCUUACCUCCAAAACUUUUUAAAACUUAAGUAUUGCUGGAUGUCAUAAAAUUACAGAUACUGGGGUUAUCAGUAUUGCAAAAAGUUGCAAUAAGCUGCAGUAUUUUGAUAUGUCAUUCAGGGGAAUGCAGAUAUGCUUUGGUAGAUUGUGCUUGAAAAAAAAAGCAUAUUAUGCUUUUAGCAGUGCUCAUAUUUUUUAGAAAUUAUGCUUCCUGUCAUCGAAAUUAUGCUACUUAGAUUUUACACUGAUUUUAAGGAAAAUAAAGAUCAUCAGUAGCUUAACUCUAUCAAUUUUGACUUUAAUGAACAUUCAUAUAGUCCACCUUCCGGUCUUUCAGUCUUUAGCAUCGCAAAUACGCAUGUGCGCACCUCGAAAAGCCAAAUGAUUAACAAAUGAUACAAAAAUCAACCGUUUCUGGGUUCUGAAUCCGCGUCAGAAAGUUAAAGCCUGGAUACUUGUUUUAGACGCUAUCCAGGCAAAGCCCUCAGUUCAGUAUAAAGACAACUAUGCAUGUUGUUAAUCUCUGUGUUAUCGGUUAUUAUACUGAAGCCUCACACAAGCCUAUAAAUAGUCCACGAGAGCAUGGUCUUGUGAAUCGUUGAACGAUGAGUUAAGAAUAGAGAAUACUCGUUCAGCUGCUGCAGACGAGGGCCCUGGCACUAGAAGUGGUGGAAGUGGUGGAAGUGGAUGUACUCGAGGACGACGCCAACUUUGAUCUGAGGCUUGAUCAUGAGGGGCCGAGUCGCCGAGCCAUAAGCGUGGUAGCCUGAGGAGAGUCUCAGUCUUUCAGGAGAUGCACAGGGUGACCUCUGCCGCCUACCAUAUUUUACCAUGGGCCUUAGCACAGACCUCAAUAUUUUCCAAAAACAAUACAGAAAUAAAAUACAAACUGAAUUAUUCUAGAGCUAUGAUGGGUUUUUUUGUUUUCAACGCAUAAAAGCGCGGAUUAUGCUAGCAGUGCUAAACUGAAAUAAAAGCUUAAAAUAAUGCUCGUUUUGCUGAAUUGUGCUUAACAUUAUGCUAGCACAAUCUACCAAAGCCUAAAUGCAGACAUCUGCUCAUAUUACCAGUGAAUCUAUGAGUGCUCUUGGAUCAAAUUGUUUAAGCUGGGCUUAUUUAGAUGUCAUAGGAUGCCUAAAUAUCAGCGAGCCUUCCAUUUACUCCAUUAUAGGAUCAUGCAGGUACCUAAAACAAUUCAAUGUCACUCAAUGUGUUGAUAAACAAGAUUCACAGCUACAGCUGCGCAUAAGUAAAUUUAUCUUGCAGCAUCGAUCUUCUUACAGUUGUGAGGAAAUGAUCUCAUAUUCACAAGGAAGAAAAUCAGCACAAAAAUUACUUUUCAAGAUUGCAGCUCCUAAUUUGUAACCUGUUGAGACGGCAUCACGUUAAAUUAUUCAAUAUUAUAUGUCAUUUCAUAUUAUAUAACUUAAUUUACAUAACAAUCCUGGCCAAUGCUAGUUCGUCUUUGUGUGGCCAGCAUCUGUUUUCUUAGAAAUUUCAGAACAGCAGUGCCACAAACGAUCAAAAAGAAGGUUUUAUUCCUUUAUUUACCUCGUAAAGUCUAAGAGUCAAAAAUGAAUAUAAAGGACUGUUUAAAAAAGCAAAACCCAAAAAUGUAAUAAUUAAUAAUAAUAAACAGCAGAUUAUUACCCAAAAUGUGAACUAAUAAAUUUAUGAAUAGCUUCAUUAAAAUUCCCAAACAGCCAAUGCUAGUUGUCUUGGCAGUCUGAUUCAUUCCUGUUUGGAUCUUGGAAAAAAUGAAAACUUAAAAAAAUUAAACUUAUAACUUAUAAGUAUGCCUUGAUGAGCUUGUAGAAGAAUAUGCAACUAGGUGGAGUUCCGCAUUAUCUCCGUUGACUAAGACAUUUCUGAACUCGUAAAGCACAGACAGGCAAGCAAUUGUUCUGCAAGAUUGCAAUGUCUUCCAGUCCAAUGCCACUAAGCAUAUCAGACAAACUGUCCUAACGAUUGUAACGUGACUGCACCCAACGAGCUGCUGUCCUCUGAACCAUUUCAAUUAACCUGUACAAUGUUCUUGCCUGUAUAACAUUCCCAUGCUGAUGAGGAGUAUUCAACUGUAGGCCGUGCAAGAGCUUUGCAUGCCUUCUCCUUCACGUAUGAGGAGCACUGUUUCAGAUUUCGCUUUAGGAAUCCCAACGUCUUAUUUUCUUUGUUUGUGAUAUUUGUCAUAUAAUUUUUCCACCUAAGAUCUUUUGAAAGAUAUACUCCAAGAUACUUGGUAGUAUCUACUGCCUCCAGGCAGCAGCCGUGGAGUGUGUAAUUGAAAACAAAGGGCUCAAGUCGCCUCUAAUUCUUAGGAGCUUUUAUUUGGCAAUAUUGAAUUCCAUUUCCAGUUUUUCUCCCAUAUUUCCUAAUUACGUAAAACUUUCUGCAGUUGAACAGUCAUCCAAGGAUUUUACGACAAGAUCAUCAGCAAAACGAGGCUCUUGAAAAGUCCAUGACGAUCACAUAAUGUCUGCCCACCAUUCUGCACAUCCUUAGCAAAAUCAUUUAUGAAACCUAUCAGCUGAGUCUCACAAGAGUUGAGUUGUCGGAAAGAAUGCUGAAAAUUGUUUAGAAUAUGAUGACUCUCAAGGUGGCGAACAAUGUUUGAAACUAACAUGUUCCGUAAUAUUGCUGCAGAUGCUUGUUGAGGAAACUGGCCUAGACUCUUUUAUGUAGGUUAUUGUCACAUAACCCUGCUUUCAAUCAGACGGUACAGUGUCACCACAAGGUAGGGGAGCUCGGAAAAUGCCACAAAAAGCUGGAGCAAUCACAGAGUUUACUUCUUUUAACACACGUAGAUGGGGACCGUCUGGGCCAACGUUGUGGAUUGGCGCCAUGAGUGGAUGACAACGCUGGCUGGACAUCUGCUGAUUUAAUGCUGCCUCUGCAAUGUGUGAAAGCUUCAUUGGACCAGUUUGGGAGAAAAACUCUUGAAUUGUUUAUAUGACAAUUCUACUUUGCAGAUGGGUCAGUGAACACUAAGUCUCCUGAUUUCAGAGAAGUAAUAUGGCAGUUUUGUCACUGAGUAGGUACGUUUGGACCAGAAGCAUUUACUGCAACUAGGCCUAUGCUGCUGCAGCUGAUUACCAUCAUCAUCUGAUUCCUCAAAAAUGUUGCUCACGUAAUCACGUAAUUUUUUGGACUUCUUUCUUCCAGGACUUUUGAUGUUUAAUAUCUUACCGAAGGAUCGUGCGUUUUAGUAGUGCUAUCCUCUACCUGGUAGAAGUAGUACCUAACUGAAGCGCUGCUGUUCGUGUCGAUCUCUCGGCUUCUGCGGUAUUUGAUUCAUAAUGUUGUGGGUUUAUCCGGUUGAAGAACCUUCGCUCACAGCAAAACAUUUUUUUGAAUUCACUUUUAAAGAUAGGAUUCAUCCCAGCGUAUAUAAAAGGAUUUAUUGUAUUUGACAGAUAAACAAAGAAACUAGAAAGGAGUUCAAUAUUUCGUGGCAUCUUCUCAACGACAUGGAAGCGCCUUACAGCAACGAUCACCCAUAAUGGGAUCCAGCAUACCAUGAACGCGAACACAACCACAAAGAGAGACUUACUCAGCUUCAGUUCUUGCACGGUGAUGCUUGAGCCCGUUGCGCCCCUGUGAAUCGUAGAUGACAUAGCCCCAUUGUGCUGUCGAAUCAUCUUUGCAACCUUUAUGUAGCUAAAUACUGUCGUUAUUAACGGUGUUAAGAAGAACAAACUGAUGACAAUAGUAUAGUGAAUGAUUUUUCCACUUUCACUGAGAUGAACUACAUCGCAAAGGGCAUAUCCUGGAAUGAACGCAUAAUCUUGGAGACCAGCUAACUUAGGAACUGUAACGUAGCAGGCAAUGAAGAACCAUGCAGAUGCCAGCCAGGCUCGUGACUUCCUCGGUGAAAAAAGUUUCUUGUAUUGCUGCUCAGACUUACAAAUCCUCAUAUACCUGUCAAACGCUGUUAAACCCAUAGUGACGGUUGAAGCGUACAGAACAAAUGCAAUAAAAAGGUUUGACAGUCGCAGAUCACUCGGCCAUAAACCCAUUCGCCUGUUAUAAGCACACCCAAUGCAAAAGGCAUGACAAAUACAGCGGACAUCAAAUCACUUACAGCAAGUGCGAUGAUAUACAGGCUUGUUGUUCUGCGUAGUCGUGUGUUCUUGUAAACUGCAAUGCACACCAUUAUGUUCCCGGUUAACGAUAGAAAGUUUAAGAUCACAAGAAAGAAGACUUCCACGCUUGUUAAAAAGAAACUGCGAUUGCCCAGAGCGUCCGCCAUUGUGGCUGUUCUCACAGAGAUUUUCUAAGAAAAGAAGAAAACCGUAGAAAGCAACACAGAGUCGGUUGUGGCUUUAAGAUCACGAGCGGUUAAAUUGUCUAUCUGCUGGUUUAUUAGUUACCCUUUGUCUACGACACUUAAACUAAACA